GGAGGAUGAAGAUGAUGAAGAGGAGGGGGACCUGGACGACGAGCUGGACGCGUCCCACCUGGAGAGGUUCAUGCGGGACCGGAGGAGGGCCCGGUCCCUGCCGGCCUACCCGGCCGCGCUCCUGGAGGGGGACCCGGAGUCCGGCAGGAAGCGGGUCAAGUUCGCGGACUCUCUGGGUCUGACCCUGRCCAGCGUGAAGCACUUCAGCGCCCAGGAGGAGCCGCAGAUCCCCUCCAAGGUCCUGUCCCGGCACCGGAGCUUCCCGCCCCAGCAGCAGGACCUGGACCAGCUGGGCCAGAACUUCAGGUCGGCUCUGGACACGGACCGCCUGGUGGCCUGCUUCCCGGAGCUGCGGGACUCGGACCGGCGGGUCCAGGACCUGCGGGUCUGCCUGGAGAAGGUCCACAUCACGCAGUUCGAGGUCCGGGGUCAGAUCCGGGUCCUGGGGGGCCUCGGGGUCCGGGAGGUCGGGGUUCGGUACUCCCUCAACAGCUGGAUGUCGCACGUGGACGCGCAGGCGCUCCCGGUCCCGGGAGAGGAGCCGGCGGGUUCUGAGGGGGACCGGUUCGGGUUCACGGUCUACACCCCGCCCUUCCUGGACCCCAGCUCUGCGGUGGACUUCGCCGUGUUCCUCAGGUCCGACCAGGGCGAGUUCUGGGACAACAACCUGGGCCAGAACUACACGCUCCGGUACCAGAGCCUGCCGGACCGGACCUUCAUCAGCAACGCUUUCAGCGCCACCUGAGAACCCGGAACCACACCUGAACCCCCAAGACCCACCUGAGACCAACAGAACCCCCAGAGCCCAGGAGGAACAGAACUAAUGGGUCCGGCUUGACUUUUUGGAUCCAUGGACCAGAACCAAGGUCUGGGUCCACCCAGAGUUCCUGUCCCUGAUCAUUAAAAAAUAAAUUGAUCAAUUAAAGAUUUUUAACUGUUUUUAAUCUUUAAUCUUUAACCCCCCACAAACUACAGGGUCUCUGAAGGGACAAACUGGGACCAGUCCUGGGUCAACAGGAACCGAAUCUGAAUUCAUUGGUUUGAAAAUAAAUUUCACUAAAUUAAAAACUGAAUUUAAA